AUGCUGUCGUUCCUGGGCCGGGGCAAGCCCUCGGACCCGCCCCCCGAGCCCUCCCCCGCGCCGGACCCCCCACCCGCGAGCUCCGCGCCGCCGCCGCCGUCCGCGCCCCCGGACUUCUCCGACGCCAAGGCGGUGACGAUCGAGCUCGUCGCCGAGCUGGAGGGCCACGACGAUCGCGUCUGGGGGAUGCAGUGGGAGCCGCGAGGGCGAUGCCUCGCGUCGACGUCCUCGGACAAGACGUGCCGGCUGUGGUCGCAGAGCGCGGCCGCGGGAGGGAACUGGGUCACCGUCGCGGAGCUCGAGGGCGUGCACAAUCGGACCGUGCGGCAGGUGUCGUGGUCGCCGUGCGGUCGGCUCCUCGCGACCGCGUCGUUCGACGCCUCGACCGCGGUCUGGACGCAGAGCGGCGGCGACUGGGAGUGCGUCGCCGUCGUCGAGGGCCACGAGAACGAGGUCAAGUCCUGCGCGUGGUCGCCGAGCGGCACGCUGCUCGCCACCUGCGGGCGAGAUAAGUCCGUGUGGAUCUGGGAGCUGCAGCCGGGGAACGACUUCGAGUGCGUCGCGGUGCUUAACGGCCACUCCCAGGACGUUAAAUGCGUGACGUGGCACCCCACGGAGGACGUGCUCGUGUCGACGUCGUACGACGACACGAUCAAAAUUUGGACGGAAGACCCGGACGGAGACGACUGGUCGUGCUCGAAGACGCUCUCGAAGGAGGACGGCGGGCACGAGAGCACGGUAUGGUGCGCGUCGUUCGAGCCGGGGGGGGCGCACAGGGUGGUGACGUGCUCGGACGAUCGAACGAUCGCGGUGUGGAACGCGGCGGGUGCGCGCGCGCGCGUUUCGUCGUCGUCGCUCGCUCGCUUCGAAGACGUCGCUUCGUUUUCGCGCUUCGCUUCUUCUCGCGGCCGCUCGCUUCGCAUCGCUUCGUUCGUUGCUGGUCAGACGGUCGAGUCGAGCGCGCUCCACAUGCGCUCGGGUCCACGAGGCGCGGACCUCUCCAUCGCGUGCAAGUUCCCCUGCGGGCACGACCGCCCGGUGUUGAACGUGCACUGGGGCCGCAACGGCUUGAUCGCCGCCGCGGGGGGCGACAACAGCGUGCGGGUCUACGCCGCGAUGAAGAGCGAUGGGAGCCACGGGAGUGGACGCGCGUGGGCGGAAGUCGGCGCGAUAGGCGAGCAUCACGAGGACGGGCACUUGGACGACGUGAACACCGUGGCGUGGCACCCGACGGACCCGACGUGCCUGGCGUCGUGCUCGGACGACGGGCUCAUAAAAAUUUGGAAGGUCACCCCGGCGGAGGAGUAAACGUUUACGUUUUGUAGUCUAAAAAACCAUCACCGUAGUACGAAGAGACUGAUGAAUCGAACAGCGAGCGCAUCCGUCGCUCGACCGAUCAACCGAUCGUCGACCCCAGCACGUACGCCGCCUUCCCGAUCAACCGAUCGUCGACCCCAGCACGUACGCCGCCUUCCCGAUCGAGUCCACGGAGAAGGCGCACCGCCACGUCCCCCCGUGCGCCGCCGUCGCGCCGAACGCGUCGAACGGAUGCCGCCCGUCGCCGUCCUCCCUCCGGCCCCACUCCGGCCGCGCGGACGACCCCUCGUGCCCCAAGUCGUGCAGCAGCAGCGCACACAUCAUGUCUCUCGUCUCCUCGACGUCGAACGCGCGCAGCGGCGCGAAGUGCUUCUGCCCUUCCAGCCCGCGCUUGACGGCGUCCACGUGGAGCAUGCUCUUGGUGCGACUCGCCGGCGCCACGUUGGCGCUGACGCAGUGGCCGUCGUCGCGCGCGACGAUCGCCCUCCAGUUCUGAAGCGUCUUCGCGAGCGCGUAGUUGGGGCCCUGAAGCACGAGGUGCCCGUCGUGGACGUGCACGUCCUCGUGCAUCUCCGCGGACGCGUCGUCCACCUCCGCGUCUUCGUCGAUGACUCGAAGCUUCUUCUCCCGCUUCGCCGGCGGUCGGCAGUUCGGCUUGAAGCCCCCGGUGAAAAGCCACAGCGGCUGGUGCCACCACGUCCAGUUCUCUCGCUCGUGCCUCGCCUUGCUGUCGUCCCACGCGCUCUUGGGGAUCGG